GUUGCCGCGUCCUCCCCUCUAGUUGGAAACAGAGAUUGUAGGAAGGCAGAAGUUGGGUAACGUUAAUGUUCCUACUUGAGAUGUCAUUUACUGUUUGAAGAUGUUUUCCUGAAGAUGGAGCAGAAACAGCCACACAAAAGCCGGUCCCAGGGAUGGGGUGGGCUUGUACCACAUCCCCCACGCAAACCUGUUGAGCGCAAGCUGACCCCCUCGUGCAGUCACAGGACUAAGCUCCCACCGAUCAGGACUUACCCUGUCAUUGAGGAGAAGGGGUACUAUUCCGAGCUCCUUUCCACAGAGGCCAGCUCUCAACUGCCGCCCUGUACCCAGGGACCAGAGACCCAACAGAGUUUGCUGUGCCAGGCGGGAUAUGAGUCCAACACUCCCAAAGUGACCACCUUUAAGACCCCUGUGGCCUUUGAGGACCUGUUGGCCAAGGACAGACAUGGGCCGUCCACUCAGCGCCUGCUGCAGACAGACUUUGCCCCGGGGGGUUACACCGCCAAAGUCCAGCUGCCCUUCAGCUGUCAGCCUGGGGAGCUGCCCCGCAAGCUGGAGAUUGAGAGGCGAAGACGGACGUACAUGAACUUUGACAUCGACCAGCUCCUGAAGGGCAUGGGCAUCGACUCGGGUGAUCUGAUGCUCAGACACCAAGGCUACGAGGAGGGUCAGAGCGGCCCUGAGAACCUUGGUCGGCCAGUGUUCAACUACCUGCCUUUGGAGGUCUUUGACAACGAGGAGUUUGAUGUCCGCACCCCAGAAGACUGGCUGUCCCUGGGCUAUGAGGAGGGGACUCCUGACCGCAAACCUGUCCCUGCCAAAGCGCUUCUGCCCAGCAGGGACGAUGUGCCGCAGGACGACCCGAAGAAGCUGAAGUACUGUUGGCAGCCCGUUGGAGUUCUGGACUAUGACCCAGAGAAGCAGCUGUACCUGGUGCACAAGGCUGACUGUAACCGAGUCAGGGAUGCAAAGGGAAACCCCGUGGUUAUCUGCGGGGGCCAGGAAGCUAAAGAUGUGGGCGAGCUGCAGCCAGGUCAGUACUGGGUGCCCAGGGUCCGGCUGAACUUCAUCGCUGAGGACCCGCGCGUGUUUGCCCAGCGGGUGCAGUGGGCCCAGCGCUGGCGGGAGAACACCGAGGCUCUGCUGCUGUACCACCUGGCCGUGGACUGCAUGCCCGUGUGGAGCGGCUCGCCCUCCCUGGACCCCGCGUGCCUGAGCCGCGUCAAACAGUACGCCCUCUCCACUCCCGGGCUCAAAGUGCAGCUGCUGCAGGAGUGUGUGAGCCGUCUGGAAAGUGAGAUCAGUCUGGAGUACGAGCGCACCAUGAACCGCAUAAAUUUCGACAAGGUGGUGACGACAUGUCCAGAGGAGUUCUCUCACAUCACCCUGCCGCAGCGCGAUCCUGAGCAAGUGCCAGAGUCGGGCCUUGUGCCGGUUCCAGACUACCCCUUACAGCAGAACCGGGCGUCGUUCAUCCGCAAGACUCUGCUGACCAAGCCAGAAGUGAUUAACGUGCUGUGCAACGUGCGUGUCCAGUGUAGCAAGGUGGCGGCCAUGAGCGUGUUCCACAUUCCCUUCACCAAGGCCCUGCGUCUGGACGAGUUUGAGCUGGCGCACUCCCAGACUCAGUCUCAGCUGCAGCUGUUUCUGAGGGACACCUGGGUGCCCUCGCUCUGCUCCUCCAUCCGCUACAGCCUGCAGGACGAGAGCAUGGGCUGGUUCUGCCUGUCCGAGUCCAGCUGGGAGGUGUACCGCCUGUCCAAGAUGUACUGCCUGAUGUCCCAGAUCCGCUUCAGCCUGCAGGACUCCCUGCGCUUCCUGGUGCAGGACUCGCUGGUCGGCCUGGGCAGGCUGGUGCUGGACGCCUGCCACAGCAUACUGUCCCUGCCCGAGGACAUGGUGUGGGGGCCCGACCUCAUCAACAGCCCUUACAAACCCACAAAGUACCCAAUGUUUUUGGUGGACCUCGUCCUCGACCAGACUGGAGUGCGCUACAGCACUCCCCUGGACAACUUUGAGGCCACCCUCGUCAGCCUGUUUGACAAGGGGAUUCUUGUCACACACAACUUGCCACAGCUGGACAAGUUUGUGAUGAAGCAGAUGUUCAUCAGCGGAACCCCCCAGCUACAGUCUGUUGCGCUGUGGGAGCCAGCAGUAGUGGAGAUUCGGGAGAAAAUUCGUACUGCCCUGCGCAAGGCCACCGUGCCGCUUAAGGCUUAUGCCCGCGAGUAUGAGCGGCACUUAGAGGUGCACAACAGUGACAUCGCAACCUACAUCAAGGCUCACAGCAAGCCAGAUCAGACACCACAGGAGAUAAAGGAAGAGGUGGAUAAACACCUGCAGGAAAAGUAUCGCCUGGACCACACCCUCCCAUCCUCCAUUUUCAUUGGACCCUUCUUGGUCAGCGUGGAAGCCACACGCCAGAGUCUGUCCAGCAAGCGCCGUGGCCUGGCCAACGCUGUGCUCGACCAGUUUGCCUUAAGGCUACGCCAGCAAGUGGAUGAUUCAUGCGCGGAGUGUAAGGCAAUCAGCAUGAAGCUUUUUGACAAACCUAACAGCAUUGAGGAGCUGACAGAGAAGCGUGAUUGGAUGAAGCUGAUCCCAGAACAGGUCAAAGGUCAAGAGGAGUUCAUUUCCAAAGUCGUGGCUGAUUACGAGUUAAUCGACGAGUUCUUUUACAACCUCUCUGAUGGAGACUUCACUGCAAAAUGGACUGCAGUUGGGUGGCCUUACAAGGUCCUGACCCAGAUGGAGGCGGUGAAGAUCCAGCAUGAAGAAGAUGAAGAGCGCUUCCACAAGAUCCAGCAGGUGGACCAGAACAACUUCCAGGAGCGCCUGGAUUCCUUACAGAUGCUGGUGGCAGGGUUUUCCGCCUACACGGAUAUUGAGCGCACCCAUGAGAUAGCCAAUGAGGUGCGACGUGUCUCAAAGCAGCUGAAAGAGGCCCAGGGCUUGGCGCAACUCUACAACAACCGUGAACGUCUCUUUGGCAACCCAAUCACCAAUUACGACCGCCUGCAGAAGCUCACCCGCGACUUCCAGCCCUUCCGCGACCUGUGGACCACCACCUCUGAUUGGGUACGCUGGCAGGAGAGCUGGCUGAAUGACCCCCUGUCCAUCAUCGACCCAGAACUGCUGGAGCGCAACGUCAGUGAAACGUACAGAACCAUGCACAAGUGCAUCAAGCAGUUUAAGGACAUUCCCGCCUGCCAGAACGUAGCGACAAACGUGCGGGGGAAGGUGGAGGACUUCCAGCCGUACAUCCCCCUGAUCCAGGGGCUCCGGAACCCUGGGAUGCGCACUCGGCACUGGGAGGUGCUGUCCGAGCGCAUCAGCAUGAACGUCAGGCCCAAGGCCAACUUCACCCUCGCCCGCUGCCUGGAAAUGGGCAUGCAGAGCCACGUGGAACACAUUGCUGCAGUGGCUGAGAUCGCGGGCAAGGAGUUUGCCAUCGAACAGGCACUGGAUAAAAUGGAGCAGGAGUGGUCCUCCGUGGAGUUUGAUGUUAUGCCCUACAAAGAAACUGGCACACACAUCCUGAAGAGCCCAGAUGAGGCCUCCCAGCUGCUGGAUGACCACAUUGUCAUGACUCAGAGCAUGUCCUUCUCACCCUACAAGAAGCAGUUUGAGGAACGUAUCAGCACCUGGGAGAACAAGCUAAGAUUAACCCAGGACGUUCUAGAGGAGUGGCUGACCUGCCAGCGCUCCUGGCUCUACCUGGAGCCCAUCUUCAGCUCUGAAGAUAUCAACCGGCAGCUGCCUGUGGAGGCCACGCGGUACCAGACCAUGGAGCGCACCUGGCGGAAGGUCAUGAAGAACGCCUUCGAAAACAAGCAGGUGAUCAGCCUGUGCCCGGAUCCCCACCUGCUGGAGAGUUUGAAGAACUGCAACAGGCUGCUGGAGCAGGUGCAGAAGGGCCUGAGCGAGUACCUGGAGACCAAGAGAGGGGCCUUCCCCAGGUUCUACUUCCUGUCAGAUGAUGAGCUACUGGAGAUCUUGUCCCAGACCAAGGAUCCCAUGGCAGUGCAGCCCCAUCUCCGCAAGUGCUUUGAGAAUGUUGCCAAGCUGCAGUUUCAGUCAGACCUCCUCAUCACACACAUGUACUCCGGGGAAGGGGAGGAGGUCCAGCUGUUUCUGCCUGUGAUGCCUUCUGGGAAUGUGGAGGACUGGUUACGGGAGGUGGAGAAGUCUAUGAAGGCCAGCCUGAGGGACAACAUUGAUCGCUCCCUUCAGGAGUACCCAGAGAAAGCACGCACAGAGUGGGUACUGUCCUGGCCUGGGCAAGUGGUCAUCGCUGGCUGUCAGACCUUCUGGACCCUGGAGGUAUCUGAGUCACUGGAACAGGGGGACCUGGCCGACCGGCUCUUCCCCCAGUUACAGACCCAGCUGGGAGACUUGGUGCAGCUGGUGAGGGGUCGGCUGUCCUGGAUCCAGCGCUCCGUCCUCUCGGCCCUCAUUGUUAUUGAGGUGCACGCCAAGGAUGUGGCAGCAAAUCUGGUCGAGGAAGGCGUCUCCAGCGUCAACGACUUUGAGUGGAUCAGCCAGCUGAGGUAUUACUGGGCACGCAAUGACUUGUAUGUUCGGGCAGUGAACGCAGAGUUCCUCUAUGGCUAUGAGUACCUGGGCAACACAGGCCGUCUGGUCAUCACCCCGCUAACAGACAGGUGCUACUUGACCCUGACUGGAGCGCUGCACCUGAAAUUUGGUGGGGCGCCUGCCGGACCCGCAGGGACGGGAAAAACCGAGACCACCAAGGACCUGGGCAAGGCUCUGGCUAUCCAGACUGUGGUCUUCAACUGCUCAGACCAGCUGGACUUCAUCGCCAUGGGAAAGUUCCUGAAAGGUUUGGCCAGCUCUGGGGCGUGGGCCUGCUUUGAUGAGUUCAACCGUAUCGAUGUGGAGGUGCUGUCUGUCGUAGCUCAGCAGAUCACCACCAUCCAGAAGGCCCAGCAGCAGAGAGCAGAACGGUUUAUGUUUGAAGGAUCGGAGAUUCCUCUGGUUCCCUCCUGUGCUGUCUUCAUCACCAUGAAUCCAGGCUAUGCUGGCCGCACUGAACUGCCAGACAAUCUGAAGGCAUUGUUCCGUCCGGUUGCCAUGAUGGUCCCUGAUUACGCCAUGAUUGCCGAGAUCUCCCUGUACUCCUUUGGCUUCAGCGAUGCCAAAGUCCUCUCCAAGAAGAUCACCACCACUUUUAAGCUGUCAUCAGAGCAGCUGAGCUCCCAGGACCACUAUGACUUUGGAAUGAGAGCAGUGAAGACUGUGAUUUCUGCAGCUGGGAAUCUGAAGAGGGAGAAUCCGGACAUGAAUGAGGAGCUUAUCUGCCUCCGGGCAAUCCGAGAUGUCAACGUGCCCAAGUUCCUGCAGGAUGACUUGAAGCUCUUCAGUGGCAUUGUGUCAGAUCUCUUCCCCAAGAUCCGUGAGGAGCCCAUUGACUACGGCACCCUGGAGGAGUCGAUCCGCAACACCUGCUUCAAGAAGUGCCUGAAGGAUGUGGACAGUUACAUCACCAAGUGUAUCCAGCUCUAUGAGACCACAGUAGUGAGACAUGGCCUUAUGCUGGUGGGACCCUCUGGCUCUGGCAAAACCAAGUGUUAUGAGAUUCUGGGUGCAGCGAUCACAGCUCUCCGUGGUCAGCCCUCGGUGAGCGGGGGUGUGUAUGAGGCUGUGAAGACCUAUGUCCUCAACCCUAAAUCCAUCACCAUGGGACAGUUGUAUGGGGAGUUCGAUCCAAUGACACAUGAAUGGACAGAUGGAAUCCUGUCUUCUCUGAUCCGGGCCGGGGCGUCCUCCAUGGACCCACAGAAGAAGUGGUACAUGUUCGAUGGCCCAGUGGAUGCAGUGUGGAUUGAGAACAUGAACACAGUGCUGGACGACAACAAGAAGCUGUGCUUGAGCUCUGGAGAGAUUAUCAAACUCAGUGAUGUGAUGACCAUGAUGUUCGAGGUGCAGGACCUGGCGGUGGCGUCCCCUGCGACCGUGUCCCGCUGUGGGAUGGUGUAUCUGGAGCCCAGCAUCCUGGGGCUGGCCCCCUUCACUGAGUGUUGGCUGCGCACCAUCCCCGCCUGCAUCCAGCCCUACUCUGAGCAGCUCACCUCCCUCUUCUCCCGCUUCCUGGAGGACUCCAUCGCAUUCGUCCGCAACUCAGUGAAAGAGGCCGUCACCUCCAUGGACAGCAACCUGACCUGCAGUCUUCUGAAACUGUUGGACUGCUUCUUCCAGCCCUUCAUUCCCCGAGAGGGGGAGAAGCCACACCCCCAGGAGAAGCUGUCUCGCCUGAGCGAGCUCAUCGAACCCUGGUUCAUGUUCUCAUUGGUGUGGAGUGUGGGGUGCACAGGUGAUGCUGACAGCUACCAGAAAUUCAAUGCCUGGCUCCGUGACAAGAUGGCAAAGGAGAAUGUGGCGCUGUGUUUCCCUGAGGAGGGACUGGUCUAUGACUACCGCCUGGACGAUGCAGGGAUAAGCAAUCCGGAGGAGGAUGAGGACGAGACAAAGAGGAAAGUGCAGUGGGUCAGCUGGAUGGAGUCUGCCCAGAGCUUAGUCAUCACCCCAGACACCAGCUACUCUGACAUCAUUGUCCCUACACCAGACACUGUGCGCAUAUCCUUCCUCAUGGACAUGCUGCUAUGCAACAAGAAGCCUGUCCUGUGCAUUGGGCCCACUGGAACAGGGAAGACCCUUACCAUGUCCGACAAGCUGCUGAAGAAUAUGGAACCUGAGUACAUCACCCACUUCCUUAUGUUCUCCGCUCGCACCUCUGCCAAUCAGACACAGGACUUCAUUGACAGCAAGCUGGACAAAAGGCGGAAGGGUGUAUUCGGACCCCCAAUGGGGAAAUACUAUAUAUUCUUUAUCGAUGACCUGAACAUGCCAAUGCUAGAGACGUAUGGUGCCCAACCCCCCAUCGAGCUGCUGCGCCAGUUUGUGGACCAUGGCGGCUGGUAUGACAGGAAGCAAAUUGGAACCUUCAAGCACCUGGUGGACAUCAAUUUUGCCUGUGCCAUGGGCCCCCCAGGCGGUGGCAGGAACCCCAUCACCCAGCGCUUCACACGCCACUUCAACUUCCUGUCCAUUCCAGAGAUGGAUGAUGCCAGCAAGAAGAAGAUCUUCUGCACCAUCCUUGGCAACUGGAUGAGUGGAAACAUGAGCAAAAAGGAGCGUGGCAUCCCAGUUGUGGACAUACAGCCGCUGAACGAGCCUCUUGUGGAUGCCACAAUCAAGGUCUACUCCACCAUCACCUCCCAGCUGCUGCCAUCACCCGCCAAGUCCCACUACACCUUCAACCUGAGAGACCUGUCCAAAGUGUUCCAGGGCAUCCUGAUGGGGGAAGCCAGCAUGUUCCCGGAUAAGGUGAAGCUGCUGCAGCUGUGGUACCACGAGAGCUGCCGGGUCUUCCAGGACCGGCUGGUGUGCGCAGAGGACCGACAGUGGUUCGACCAGCUGCUGCAGUCCUGCAUAGAGGAGUUUGAGUGCAGCUUUGAGGAGGUGGUGCCCAGCCAGCCUGUCCUUUUUGGGGACUUCAUGGUCCCAAAUGCUGCCAACAAGGUGUACCAGCUCAUCGAGGACAGGGAGAGGCUGGUCACAGUCAUGGAAGAGUACAUGGAGGACUACAACCAGAUCAGCACCACCAAGAUGAGGCUUGUGCUCUUCAUGGACGCCGUCCAGCACAUCUGCCGGAUCAGCCGCAUCAUACGGCAGCCCCUUGGCAACGCCUUGUUGCUGGGGGUGGGGGGCAGUGGACGCCAGUCCCUCACCAAGAUGGCCACCCACAUGGCUGACUAUGAGUGCUUCCAGAUUGAACUGUCCAAGAACUACGGCCAGGCUGAGUGGAGGGAUGAUAUCAAGGGCAUCAUGCUGAAGGCUGGCCUACAGAAUGAGCAAAUCACUUUCCUGUUUGUGGACACUCAGAUCAAGUGCGAGUCGUUCCUGGAGGAUGUGAACAACAUCCUGAAUUCGGGCGAUGUGCCGAAUCUGUACGCGUCAGACGAGCAGGAUCGUAUCCUGGUGGCCAUGAAGCCCGUGGUGCAGGAUCUGGGCCAACAGCCUACCAAGUCCAACCUGAUGGCUGCCUAUAUCAAGAGAGUUCGCAGCAACAUCCACACGGUGCUGUGCAUGAGUCCAAUCGGGGAGGUGUUCCGUGCCCGUCUCCGGCAGUUCCCCUCCCUGGUCACCUGCUGCACUAUUGACUGGUUCAGUGCCUGGCCAGAGGAGGCGCUAGAGUCUGUCGCAAACUCCUUCCUCGGCGAGCUGCCGGAGCUGGAGGCUGAGCCUGCCGUCCUGAAGGGGCUGACCAUGAUGUGCAUGGACAUCCACCAGACAGUGGCCAGGAAGUGUGAUCAGUACCUGGCUGAGCUCUCACGACACAACUACGUCACGCCCAAGAGCUACCUGGAUCUGCUCGCUAUCUUCUCCUCCCUUAUUGGCCGCAAGAAACAGGAGCUGCACAGCGCCCGGCAGAGAAUGAAGAUCGGCCUGGACAAGCUGCUGCAUACAGCAGAUGAUGUCAGUAAGAUGCAGGAGGAGCUGGAAGUUAUGAGACCCCUUCUGGAGGAGGCAGCUCAGGACACCCUGGUUACCAUGGAGAAGAUUAAGGAAGACACGGCAGUAGCAGAAGUGACUCGUGUGGAGGUUCAGGCUGAGGAGGCGAAAGCCUCUGAAAAGGCUCAUAAGGCCCACGCCAUCGCUACAGACGCACAGAAGGACCUGGACGAAGCGCUGCCUGCGCUGGAUGCCGCCCUCGACAGCCUCAAGUCCCUCAAUAAGAACGACGUGACUGAGGUGCGGGCGAUGCAGAGGCCCCCCCAGGGUGUGAAGCUGGUUAUUGAAGCUCUGUGCAUCAUUAAAGGCAUUAAGCCCAAGAAGGUGCCUGGGGAGAAGCCUGGCACCAAGGUGGAUGACUACUGGGAACCUGGCAAGGGUCUGCUGCAGGACCCGGGCAAGUUCCUGGAGGGCCUAUUCAAAUUUGACAAGGAAAACAUCCCAGACUCAGUGAUCAAGUUGGUCCAGCCAUACAUUGACAAUGAGGAGUUUCAGCCUGAGUCCAUUGCCAAGGUGUCCAAGGCCUGCAAAUCCAUCUGCCAGUGGGUGCGGGCCAUGCACAUCUACCACUUUGUCGCCAAGGGGGUGGAGCCUAAACGGCAAGCCCUAAAGGAGGCUCAGGAAGAUCUAGCAGCCACCCAGAAAAUCCUGGAUGAAGCCAUGGGCAAAUUGGCGGCUGUGGAGGAGGGCAUUGCUGCCCUGGAGGCUAAGUACCGUGACUGCCUGGCCAAGAGAGAUGAGCUGGACAACAAGUGCUCACUGUGUGAGGCGCGGCUGGUUCGGGCUGACAAGUUGAUUGGCGGCUUGGCGGGUGAGAAGGUGCGCUGGGCUGAGACGGUGGAGGAGCUGGACUACAUGGUGAAUAACGUGUCGGGAGACGUGCUGCUGGCGGCGGGAUACGUGGCGUACCUCGGCCCUUUCACCGGCGAGUACAGGGCGGAUAUGGCAAAGGAGUGGUUGCAGCGGUUCAAAGAACUAGGUGUUCCUCACACAUCGAACCCGGAUCUGAUCAGUACCCUGGGCGACAAGGUCAAGAUCCGAUCCUGGCAGAUCACAGGGCUGCCCAAGGAUUCUCUGUCGGUGGAAAACGGGGUGAUCACGCAGUAUUCACCACGCUGGCCACUGUUCAUAGACCCGCAGGGACAAGCCAACAAGUGGAUCAAAAACAUGGAGCGUGAAAACGGACUGGACGUGAUGAAGCUCAGUGACCGGGACUUCCUGCGCAGUCUGGAGAAUGCCAUCCGCUUCGGGAAGCCCUGCCUUCUGGAGAACGUGGGCGAGGAGCUGGACCCAGCGCUGGAGCCCGUCCUGCUCAGAGAGACCUUUAAACAGCAGGGCAGCACAGUGAUAAAACUUGGAGACACCAUCAUCCCUUACCAUGACGACUUCAAAAUGUACAUCACCACCAAACUGCCCAACCCUCACUACUCCCCUGAGAUCUCCACAAAGGUCACUCUCAUCAACUUCACCCUUUCGCCCAGUGGGCUGGAGGAUCAGCUGCUGGGCUGUGUGGUUGCUGAAGAGCGACCGGACCUGGAAGAGGCGAAGAACCAGCUGAUUGUGAGCAGCGCACGGAUGAAGCAGGAGCUGAAGGAGAUUGAGGACCAGAUCCUCUUCAGGCUGAGCUCUGUGGAGGGGAACCCCGUGGAUGACGAGGAGCUCAUCAGGGUCCUGGGUGCCUCCAAGGUCAAAGCGGGAGAGAUAGAGGCCAAAGUGAUGGUGGCGGAGGAGACGGAGCGGGACAUAGACGCCACGCGGCUAGAGUACGUGCCGGUGGCCGUGCGCACGCAGAUCCUCUUCUUCUGCGUCUCAGACCUCUCCAACGUGGAUCCCAUGUAUCAGUACUCCCUCGAGUGGUUCCUGGGCAUCUUCAUGUCGGGCAUCGCCAACUCCGAAAAAGCAGAUACGGUGGAGAAACGGAUUGUCAACAUCAAUGAGUUUUUCACCUUCAGCCUCUACAGCAACGUGUGCCGCAGUCUGUUUGAGAAACACAAGCUCAUGUUCGCCUUCCUGCUGUGCGUUCGCAUCAUGAUGAAUGAGAACAAGAUUGACAUGGCGGAGUGGCGGUACAUGCUGUCGGGGGGCAUGGCCCAGGAGCAACUCCCCAACCCUGCGGAGGACUGGCUGUCCAGCCGUGCCUGGCAGGACAUCCUGGGCCUGAGCAGCCUGCCCACCUUCAGCAGCCUGGCAGCCGACUUCCAACAGCACGAGGCCCGAUUCAGAGAGAUCUUCGACAGCAGCCAGCCUCACAGGGAGCCUUUACCGGGAGAGUGGGACACCCAGCUGGACUCCUUCCAGAAGCUGCUCAUUCUGCGCUGUCUUCGGGCUGAUCGCCUCACACACGGAAUGCAGGACUUUGUGGCAGCUCAGCUGGGCCAGCGCUUCAUUGAGCCCCAGACAUCGGACCUCUCCGUGGUGUUUAAGGAGUCGUCUCCCUCCAUCCCGCUCAUUUUCGUGCUGUCUCCUGGAACUGACCCCGCCGCCGACCUCUAUAAGUUUGCUGAUGUCAUGAAGUUUUCCAAGAAGAUGAGUGCCAUCUCUCUGGGCCAGGGCCAGGGCCCGUGGGCAGAAGCCAUGAUGCACAAAGCCAUGGACAAGGGCCACUGGGUCUUCUUCCAGAACUGCCACCUAGCCCCCAGUUGGAUGCCCUCUCUAGAGAGGCUCAUUGAGAACAUCGACCCCAACAAGGUACACCGGGACUUCCGCCUCUGGCUGACCAGCCUGCCCAGUAACAAGUUCCCUGUGUCCAUUUUGCAAAACGGCUCCAAGAUGACCAUAGAGCCCCCAAGGGGCAUCAAGGCUAACCUGCUCAAGACUUACCUGAGCCUCUCUGAAGAGUUCUUCAACUCCUGCUCCAAGGCCAGGCCCUUCAAGUCCCUGCUCUUCUCUCUCUGCCUGUUCCAUGGGAACGCCAUCGAGCGCAGGAAGUUCGGCCCGCUCGGCUUCAACAUCCCUUACGAGUUCACAGACGGGGACCUGCGCAUCUGUAUCAGCCAGCUCAAGAUGUUCCUGGAUGAGUACCAGGACACGCCCUACAAGGUCCUGAGGUACACAGCAGGACAGAUUAACUAUGGCGGCCGUGUGACAGAUGACUGGGACCGGCGCUGCAUCCUGAACAUUCUGGAAGACUUUUACUGCCCCGCUGUCCUCACUGAGGACUACGCCUACUCCCCCUCAGGAGAGUACCGUCAGAUCUGCACGGAUAAUGAUAUCAAGGGCUACCUGGAGUACAUCCGCAGCCUGCCCAUCAACGAUACACCUGAGAUCUUCGGUCUUCACGACAAUGCAAACAUCAGCUUUGCCCAGAAUGAGACAUUUGCUUUGCUGGGGGCUGUGGUGAAGCUGCAGCCGAAAGCAGCAGCUAGCGGUGGCAAAGGCCGGGAGGAGAUCGUAGAGGAGAUUGUUACAGGCAUCAAGGAUAAGGUUCCUGAGCCCAUUAGUAUUGAGGAAGUGAUGACGAAGUACCCCAUCCUGUACGAAGAGUCCAUGAACACAGUACUGAUCCAGGAGGUCAUCAGGUAUAAUAGACUGCUAGUUGUGAUAUCACAGAGCCUCAGUGAUCUGGUAAAGGCCCUGAAGGGUUUAGUGGUGAUGUCUUCAGAGCUGGAGCUGAUGGCCAACAGCCUGUUCAACAACACCGUGCCAGACAUGUGGAACUCCAAGGCGUACCCAUCCCUGAAGCCGCUGUCCUCCUGGGUGAUGGACCUGCUGCAGAGGAUCAGCUUUGUGCAGGGCUGGAUCUCGGACGGCAUCCCGGCCGUCUUCUGGAUCAGCGGCUUCUUCUUCCCGCAGGCCUUCCUGACCGGCACCCUGCAGAACUUCGCCCGCCGCUCCGUCCUCUCCAUCGACACCAUCGGCUUCGACUUCAAGGUUAUGAAGGAGUCGGCCAAGGAGCUGAGGGAGCGGCCGGACAUGGGCUGCUACAUCCACGGGCUGUUCCUGGAGGGCGCGCGCUGGGACGCCCAGGCGGGCUGCCUGACCGAGUCGCGGCCCAAGGAGCUCUACACCGAGAUGGGCGUCAUCUGGAUGGUGCCCGAGCCCAACCGCAAGCCGCCCCUCUCCGGGGUGUACGUCUGCCCCAUCUACAAGACCCUCACCCGCGCAGGAACUCUGUCUACCACGGGUCAUUCCACCAACUACGUCAUCGCUGUGGAGCUGCCCACUGACCGUACCCAGAGGCACUGGAUCAAACAGGGCGUGGCACUGAUCUGUGCCCUGGACUACUAGACACACACGUGCACAUGCGCGCACUCGCACACACACACACACACACAAGUGCGCACUCAAGCACACACACGUGCACAGCCUUCUAGAAGGAAAGCAUUAGUGCUGGGUUUCAAUAUUUUGAACUGGUGUUUUAGAAAGUUGUAAUAUUUUGCUGGAAAGGUAUAAUAUUUAGUUAGAAAGGUAUAAUAUUUUUUUUCAGAAAGUUUUUGAAAUGUUUUGUUUUCAAAACGUUAAAAUUGUUUAAUUUAUACUUGAUGUUUUUUUUUGUUUUCUUAUAAAACAUUUGUCACAGUGAUGAAUUUUGUGGUUGUAGGGAAUGAAGAGAUAGUGAUCAUU